AUGGCAGAAAUGGCUGAAAGCCCCUUAAAAUCUCCUAGUCCGGAGAAGCUAAAACGUGACAUCUCCACACCAUAUCUCCUCCGCAAGUUAAAACAAACCAAGUACGCCCACACCAUGCCUCUCCAGCAGUUUGACUCGGACGAGUCUUCAGGAGACUCCUCGGACUCUGCUAGUGACAACUCUAGUGAUGAGUCUGAUGACGCGGAGCUGAGUGUGGGGCAGCGUCGCAAGGUUGAGGAGCUUGAUGAGCAUGUCUCAAACAAGGAGAAUAUCGAGUCUUACUUUCACACGAGGCGUGCUGGGAAGACAUCCAAUAAAACCCUACAUGAUCUAGCACUGGAGGAGUUGGAUCACAAUAAGAUAACAAAACUGUUAUCUAAGAUGAAGACAGGGUAUGAUAAGGAGCAAGCGGCUCUGUUUGCUGAACACACCCAGUCCUUUACACAGUGGUUGAUAUAUCUUACUGAGGGAUACAACUUGGUGUGUUACGGUGUGGGAUCUAAACGGAAACUCCUCAUUCACUUUGCUAAGAAAAUGUUGAAGUACGAUCAUCAUGUUGUUAUAAACGGGUAUUUUCCUAAUCUUACAGUUAGAGACAUCCUCAACAGUAUCUCUAAUGAUAUGCUGGGAUGCAGCUCAACUUUCAGAUCAACUAAUGAUCAGCUCAAUUACAUCAGAAACAGCAGACACAACCAAUUGUACCUUCUUAUCAAUAAUAUAGACGGUUCUAAUCUGAGAAACGAUAAAAGUCAGCAAGUGUUAGCAGAGUUAUCAGCUAUUGAACACGUGCACGUGAUCGCUACUAUAGAUCACAUUAACGCACCCCUACUCUGGGACGAACAGAAAGCGAAGCUGUUUAACUGGUUAUGGUUUGACUGUACCACAUUUGAUAAAUACUCUGACGAGACUUCUAUUGAGACUUCUCUGAUGGUAAAACAAACUGGCGCGAUAGCUCUGUCAUCUAUGACGCACGUGCUGCGCUCUCUCACUCCCAAUGCACGUGGUAUUUUCAAACUUUUGGCAACUUUCCAGCAGGAAUCCGGACCCGAUUUUCAGGGUAUAACAUUCCAAGAUUUUUACAUAAAGUGCCGUGAGAAGUUUCUGGUUAACAGUGAUGCUACGUUGCGAACACAGCUAACUGAGUUUAAAGAUCACAGAUUGAUAAAGACACGUCAUGUUGAUGGGUCCGAGGUUCUUUACAUUCCUGUAGAGCCCAAAAUCUUACAGCAGUUUUUAGAGUCGGAAUUUUGAAUUAGUUGCGGUAACCGCAUCGCUGAAACUAACAUUCUAAGCGAUGAUUUUAAUCAUAUUUUAAUCAUUUUUAUGAAUCUUAUAUAAGUUUAAUAUUACAAUGUUUUUAUGACCUAUUUUUAAAUAUUUAAUAUUAUGCAUUUAUGCAGUUGUGUACUUGAAAUUCACAUUAUUUAUUCAAUGA